UAUCUAACUGGUUUGGUGUUGUGUCUUGUUCAAGUUGAUUUGCCAGCAUGGUUCUCUUCAUUGUCUAUACAGUUGGAAUCAGACGUAGACCUUGAUGUCAAAAGAAUAGCAAAGGUUCCUAUAAGCACUCUGCCAUUGAUCUGCUUGAGGGAUGGCAGUCUCCCUCUGCCGGAUGUCUCAGAGACAGCUCUAAAUGGUUUAGUGUUAGGUUCUCUCUCAAAUGGAUCUUCCAAGGGGUUAGAAGAUCUUGAGUAUGUGGAGCAGUGUUUUCCAAUGCAGAAAAAUAUAUCAGUGAAGUUGACAAAUGAGCAGAUAUCUCCAGGAGUUUGGUAUCUUGGUCUUUUCAAUGGCGUUGGAGAUACAAGGACGCAAUCAAAGAUGAUUGUUCGAGGCUCAUCAUAUUCUUUUAUUGCCAACAUGAGUGUGGAAGGAUGUACAACCUCAACAAUAUGGGGCCAGUUCUGCAACCAGACAGUCAACCCUCUAUCAUGUGCUCGAUCUGACAGUUAUAAUUUUACUGGAAACUUUUCUGAUAGUAAGGUGAACAACGGGACAACUAUAAAUGUGGUUUCUUGCAGAAACUCUUUUAACACACCUUGCCAUGGAAUUGGUGAAACUAAUGUCUACUCCUUGGAUGUGGUGGGAAUCACAGAACAAUUAACCAUUAUGGCUAUGAAUGUCAGUUUCAAUAUGACACCUUCAAAUAACUCUGUAAAUGUUAGUGGAACUAACAUAAUGUGUUUUGCUCGUCAUGGUGCACUGCCUUCAGCAACCUUGUAUGAUUUUUCGGCUGAUAUACAUAAAGAGCCACUGACUAUUCCCUCACCUAAGGUUGGUCGCUGGUAUAUUACUGUUAUACCUGUUAAUCUUUCAAAAGAACUUGGAGAGAUUCAUGAUACUAAUGCACAAGUUUGCUAUUCUUUGGAAUGGCAAGUACUUGAAUGUCCUAUGGGAAAGGCAGGGUUGAAUUGUAUGUGGGAAAUAUAUAAUCUUCAGGUGAGAUUGAGAGAGUCAUACCUGUUUGAAUUCAGUUAUAUACCAGUCAGUGGAAAAGUCCCCACAGAUUCUGCUGAUUUUCCUCUUGAACCUCUUUUAAGCAACUCGUCUUAUGGUGGAGAAUCAGAUGAUAUUUGGACUUAUUUUCUCAUGGACGUUCCUGUUGGUGCAGCUGGAGGAAAUAUCCACAUCCAACUGACAUCAGAUACAAAGAUGAAAUUUGAAAUAUAUGCUAAAUUUCGAGGAUUACCAUCCCUUCAGAGCUGGGACUAUUACUAUGCAAACAGAACAAAUAGCAGUAGUGGCUCUAUUUUCUUCAAGUUGUAUAAUUCAAGUGAAGAAAAGGUUGAUUUUUAUAUCUUAUAUGCUAGAGAAGGAACUUGGGGUUUUGGAAUAAGACAUGCCAAUACCUCUAGUAGUGAGACUACCAUGUCUGUUUCCCUUGAAAGAUGCCCAAGAAGAUGCUCAUCUCAUGGGCAAUGUAGAUAUGCUUUUGAUGCAAGUGGAUUGACAUCAUACAGCUACUGCUCCUGUGAUCGCGACCAUGGAGGCUUUGACUGCAGUGUUGAAAUUGUAUCUCAUCAAGGGCACAUAUGGCAAUCGAUUGCUCUCAUUGCAUCAAAUGCUGCAGCUCUACUUCCCGCCUAUCGUGCUCUUCGAAAGAAGGCAUUUGCAGAAUGGGUACUCUUCACAUCUAGUGGUAUUUCAAGUGGAUUAUAUCAUGCAUGUGAUGUUGGCACCUGGUGUGCAUUAUCCUAUAAUGUCUUACAGUUCAUGGACUUCUGGCUCUCUUUCAUGGCUGUAGUGAGCACUUUCGUGUAUCUAACUACUGUUGAUGAAGCUUUGAAAAGGACAAUUCACACAGCAGUAGCUAUCCUUACAGCCCUUAUGGCUAUAACAAAGGCAACGAGGUCUUCCAAUAUUAUGCUUGUCAUAGCGAUUGGGAUACUGGGUCUUCUUAUUGGAUGGGUGGUGGAGCUCUCUACUAAGUUUAGGUUGUUUUCCUUUUCAAUUGGAUUUUGUAGGAACAUGCUGGACAGUCAGCAAACUGUUACACAAAGGGUUCGUAAUUUAAUCAAGACAUUAUUGCUACGGUUCCGAUGGGCAUUUGUACUAGUAGGUUUCACAGCACUAGCAAUGGCAGCAAUAAGUUGGAAGUUAGAAAGCAGUGAAAGUUACUGGAUUUGGCACAGUGUUUGGCAUGUCACCAUAUACACGUCUUCCUUCUUCUUCCUUUGCUCAAAAGUCGAUAACGUAAAUAGUGAGAAUCCAGGGCCAGUAGAAGCAAGCUAUGAGUUAACUACGCAGGAUUCAACCCCAAGAGGUGAUAGGAGGGAAUGAAGAGGCAGAAAGUUUUGCAGAUUUAGCACCAAGGAAAAAAGUGAUUUCUUUAGGCAUGCAGGGAAAAAAAAUCAUUUAGCUGCCUAGACCAAUUGAAUCUUUCAAACAUUUGAUCUGAAGAAGAUAAUUGUAGA